AUGCGUGGGGAUACUUGUCAUGUAAGCGCCGGUCAAAGCGGAAGCUCGGUUCCCGGCCGUGGUAAUGCACGCGGGAAAGAACAGCUCCCACUGCGUCUUACCCAGCAGUCUCUCAUUAUCCUAAUCCAGCAUCAUUGUGUCUCGCAUUCCAGUCCGUCUAACAAUGAGACAGACGAAGAUUUUUUCGAGAUAAAUAUCGACGAAAUUCUUGCGCGACUCCGCUUUGGAAUGUAUAUUGACAUUGCGCGGCGAUGGGGCGGCGACGAAGCGGCGGCUGUCGUUCGACUGCUACUAUACCAUGGCCAGAUACGCGUAGGAGCUAUUAUGGAUGCGCUGCUUGGGCGCCCCACAAACGAACCACUCAACCUUCCCAGUGAUCUCAUUUUGCAACCACUACAGAAGCCGAAGCAGGCCGAAGUGCAUUUGCGAAAAUUGUUGGUUCGUAUGCUAGGAGAGCUACUUGUAAACCCGUCUACCCCAACACAGCAUAUUUCUCGACUGGACCGACAAUUGACGCACGAAACCACGCUCCGCAAGUCUUACAAGGGAAUCCCCACCGCCAAGUCCCUCAAGGAAAUCAAGCAGCGCGCCGCUGCAAUGAUUGAUGAAGAGGACCAACGUGAUUCGAAAUCUGGCACUAACGGAAGCCUUUGUGUGGGUCUGAAGCGCAAAGCGCAGGCAAACUCGGCGCGCGACAAGCGCAAUCGGCGCGCGGCUGACAACGACGUGGCAGCGAACAAAGCCGUGCCGAAUGGAGACGCUACGGCAGGCGUCGCCAUAGAUGGAGUCGUUUGGCUUCGGGUGAACUACGAUUGGUUUAAUGUGCAAAUGCGAAACGAAGUGCUUGUACGGACCGUUGCGCAAAAAUACAAUCAUGUGGCAGGCGAAGUGUUUCGCAGCAUGCUUCAAUGCGACCGUGCGGCACCAACCCGUUGCGAAACGGACGAGCGUUCUUUACCCAUCUCUCUUACAUCAUUGGCACUUGCCAUACCGCAGGAUGUACGGAUCCAGCGCGGCUUGGACAAGCGCUCCAUCGUGGGAGAGGAGUCGGCCCAAAGUGAGCACACACCUACCAAAGCCGAACUUUUGGCCGAAUACGUUGCGAUCCUGACAAGCCACGACAAUAUUUCGUCCUCCGUGUGCAUGAAUCGCUUCCUGGCACCGCAUGGAUCUAUUACUACCACGAGCGCAGGUGGGAGCACCAAUGUUCCAACCUCGUUCACAAUCGAGUACAUCAACAUUCUCCGCUUCCUUCAGUACCAGAUGAUACGCGACGUCGUUGUACAGCGAUUUGGUAAUAUUGCUGGACGUAUCUUUACGAUUUUGGUCGAGAAAGGCAAGCUCGAAGAGAAACAUAUUUCAAAACUGGGGCUUAUUUCGAUGGGCGAGACACGCGAUAUCUGUGGCCGUCUCUUUGCCGCCUCACUUCUCAGCUUACAAGAGGUCCCAAAAAGCAAUGAACGCAAUCCACAACGGACUUUUUUCCUUUGGUUUGUCGACCUACCGAAAUGCAGUGCAUGGCUACUGGACCACUACUACCAAACGCUUUUGCAGGUAAGCCGCAGGCGCGUAUAUGAGCAGCGUCUUAAAUCUGCAUUAAUCCGCAAGGCUGAGCGUUCCGAUGUGAAGGAAGAUGCCGAUGGGCUUCUCGCGGAAUGGGAGCGCAACAGCCUCGCAGCGUUGCGCAAGGUCCAAGAGGCACUCACCGUUGUGGAGUCACGUGUCAUUCUCUGUGCAUUUGUGCAGCGUCACUUUGCUGCGCAGGCAACUUCCACAUGGUAG